GGCAGACGCCAGGGAGACUGCGCACAUCUGACGGCCGGCAGCUCCACUGCACCGAAUUAUCUGGCUGGGCUUCCGCAGUGUACAGGCUGAGAAGCUGUUUAGUGAAAAGAUAAGUGGUGCUGAGGGAACGAAGCUAGAUGACGAAUUUCUGGACAUGGAAAGGAAAAUAGAUGUUACCAAUAAAGCGGUUGCAGAAAUUCUUUCAAAAGCUACCGAGUACCUUCAGCCAAAUCCAGCAUACAGAGCUAAGCUAGGAAUGCUGAACACUGUGUCGAAGAUCCGAGGGCAGGUGAAGACCACGGGCUACCCACAGACAGAGGGGCUGCUGGGGGACUGCAUGCUGAAGUAUGGCAAGGAGCUCGGGGAGGACUCUACCUUCGGCAAUGCGUUGAUCGAGGUUGGUGAAUCCAUGAAACUAAUGGCCGAGGUGAAAGACUCUCUUGAUAUUAAUGUAAAGCAAACUUUUAUUGAUCCACUUCAGUUACUCCAAGAUAAAGAUUUAAAAGAGAUUGGGCAUCACCUGAAAAAGCUGGAGGGCCGCCGCCUGGAUUAUGAUUAUAAAAAGAAGCGAGUAGGUAAGAUUCCAGACGAAGAAGUCAGACAAGCAGUAGAAAAAUUUGAAGAGUCAAAGGAGUUGGCUGAACGAAGCAUGUUUAAUUUUUUAGAAAAUGAUGUAGAGCAAGUCAGCCAGUUGGCCGUGUUUGUCGAGGCUGCACUAGACUAUCACAAACAGUCCACAGAGAUCCUGCAGGAUCUACAGGGCAAGCUGCAGAUGCGGAUAUCGACCGCAUCCAGUGUCCCGCGGCGAGAAUACAAGCCAAGGCCGGUAAAGAGGAGCUCUAGUGAGCUCAAUGGAGUUUCCGCCACCCCCAUGGCAAAGAUGACAGGUUCUAACAUUCCCGUGGACCAGCCCUGCUGUCGUGGUCUCUAUGAUUUCGAGCCAGAAAACCAAGGAGAAUUAGGAUUUAAAGAAGGGGACAUCAUUACAUUAACCAAUCAAAUAGAUGAAAACUGGUAUGAAGGAAUUAUACAUGGGGAAUCCGGAUUCUUUCCUAUUAAUUACGUGGAAGUGAUUGUGCCUUUACCUCAGUAAAUGUGUAACUCAAACUUUGGACAUACUUUCGUGACUGAAAUGAAUUCACACCGAUGUUCUCACUGUGUGGUGUUCUGUGACCUCUGUGCUCUCUGACCAACUUAAUGACUUUUAUAUGUGUGUUCUCUUUCUAAUGUAUUUUGUAUCGAUUUAAUUUGUAAAUGAUUUUCUUGUUCUCACUACAUACAAAUAGUUAUCUUCUUUGCUUAUUGUUCUAAUAAGUCAUUGGUUAAGUGUAUUUGCUUCUGGUUGCUAAAAAAUAAAUCAUACCCAUUGCCAGUAUGUCAGCAAAUUGCCUAUAUACUGUUCAGCUGCAAUGGAAUGCAACAUUUGAAACUAAGAAAUGCUAAGUAUUUUGUUUCUUGACACUACUGGUGGCAUCUGGUCUUUUCACUCUUCCUCAUGUUUUAAGCUUACCUGUGAAUAGCCCAAUAAAUACGACCCACUGUGUUGGCAAAAGGCCUUGGUGAUUUUUAAUGUUGAGUCGAUUUUUAAGCAUUGUUAAGAUUGCAGAUUCCUCCUGUGCCCACUGGAUGAUGAGGGAUCACAGCUGGAGGCUCCGAUGAUAGUUCCUGAAGACACUGGCAGACACAAGCAGGGCCUUCACCAUGCAUGGAGUCAUUCCAGCCAUAGCAUGGACAGCCUUCUACCUGCUUUCAAGUUUGUUUAUGAAAGAGCCCAACUCAAGCCUUGCCAUCAAGUGUCAGGUGGGUUUCUCAGGAAAGUGCUGUGGAUGCUCAGGAAGUAAUGUGGCCAGGAGUUGAGCUGAGUGUCCACAAUGCGUGACCACUAGGUUCAUUGAACCAGGGUAGGCACACAUCACUUGCUUUGGCCCAGCCAGGACAGUAGCAAUCCUAGGGCACAAAGUAUUGUUCCUCUUUUGUAAAGGAGACUCAUCAGAUGGCUUCCAGGAUCAACAACUCAGUAGUGGCAGAGGCAGAGUUUGAACUCAGGUUGUUUGAUGCCCCCCACCGCCCAUUUGUCUUCAUCAUUGGCACUUGUAACAACUGCUCCUAAACCAGGUGAUUAAACUAGUUUUCCCAGUCUUCUGGGUCCAUGGUGGUCAGCAAAUUUGUGACAAUGUGCUUUCCUGCCAGCCAGCUACAAGUUCGUGCACACAAACACACACACAC